UCUUCCUCUUUUAUUACACCAAAACUCAACCUUUUUAGGCCUGAAACCACACAAACAUGAACGGAGCUACCUUGGGUGAGUUUAGUUUUCCUCAUCUUAGUCAUCGAAGCUCAGGCUUGGGCGGUCUCUUCCCUUGCUUAACUGAGCAGUGGGGAGACUUGCCGUUCCAAGUUAACGACUCUGAGGACAUGAUUGUCUACAAUUACCUACGUGAUGCCGUUAGUUUCGGCUGGUCUCCGUUAGAUUUAACGGCGACCAACAUUAAGGAGGAGCCAGGAGACUUGUUUGGGCUGGCUCCGAUUACGGGAGCCGAGCCGAUGAGAUUGGCUCAACGAGAUGCUGUGUCUGAGAAAUCAAGGAAGCACUUUCAGAACGGUGACCAAAAAGUGAUCACGACGCAUUACAGAGGAGUGAGGCGAAGGCCGUGGGGAAAGUUCGCGGCUGAGAUACGGGACCCGGCUAAGAACGGCGCGAGAGUGUGGCUUGGCACGUACGAGACAGGCGAGGAAGCUGCGGUGGCUUAUGACCGAGCGGCUUAUAGGAUGCGCGGCUCCAAGGCUUUGCUUAAUUUUCCAAACCGGAUUGGGUCGGGCGAACCCGAUCCAGUGAGGAUCACGGCCAAGCGCCGAGAGCCUGAGCCGGCCUGGGAUGGCGGCUCCUCCAAGAGGCCGAAAGGCUUGGCGGCUAAGGAAGCCCAGUUGGAAAUGGCGAGAGACUUGAAUCUGUUUCAGCUGGAACAACAUAUGGGUGGCCGCCCCCUUCCAAUUUCUGAGCAAUUAUUGGUUAAUUAACUUAAGAAUUGGAAUCUCCUACAUGGAAAAAAAUAAAAUAAAAUAAAAAAUCAGGGACUUGUUUGGUCGGUUAUGUACAAA